AUGGGCAAGCACAUGUGGAGCAUCUUCCUCGGCCUGCUGCUGCUGGAGCAACUGGUGGCCGAGUCGAUGGCAGGCAAUCUGGCACAGCUGGUAAAGAAGCAGAGUCAGCAGAAGCAGGGGCAGCCAGUACUCCAACUGCAUCAGCAGCAGCAGCAGCAACAGCAGGCAGGACAACAGAUCCAUGCCCAGCAGUAUGUCCAGGACAGCCUGGCCGAGCACCAAGAUCUAAAGGCAGAGGAGGAGGAAGAUCACGAUCCCUAUCAACUACUGCAGGAUGCUAAACAAGAGUCCAGGCUGCCCAGUUCCGCCAACUAUCCCUGGAGUUCAUAUGCCGCUGCCCAGGGCAUUCCACCGAAUCCCUACGAGGCCAUGCCCAAGAUGCUGCCCUUUAUAGGGUAUGCCCAGCCGGUGCUUAUCCCCUUUCCCCUGUACCUGGCUCCGGAUAUGUUCUAUCCCGCAUUCUCCGGUGCCAACAAUGACCUGGAGGAUGUGGUGAUGUCGAGAGCGGCAGGUGGGCGACGGCCGGCCGCAAGCCAUCCGUCUCCCGCCCGCAAUUCACCCAUUUACUACGUCCGGCUGCCACCAGCGCCGUACAUGUUCGUGCCCAAUAUGCCCACGGCUCCCUUUGGGGGAGGAUUCUCCCCACUCCUCACCUACCAGCCCAUGCCGUCGUUCUCCGCCUACGGAUCCGUGUUUAAUCUGCCCGUGAACUUCCUGGCCAACGGCAAGCCAACAGGGAUCUACCAGGUCGAAGGAUCCCCGACAGAGGGGCUGGGGUCACUGGGAUCACCUGGCGGCUUGGGCAACGGUGGUUUUGGAUUGCGACCUCCCACGCCCAGCAAUCCAUUCAGGCCCAUGUCCUCGCCGUCGGGCGGUGGUUAUGGGAACUCUCCGCAAAGCUUCGGCCUCGCGUCGAUGCCAGUGCCCCAGCAGGACUCCAAGCUGACCUCCCUGAAGCGCCCCUUCGUCUUCAACGGUCGUCCCGAGGACAUCUAUAUCCUGCCCAACAACCUAAGGCCUCUGUACAACGAGCCGAGCUACUACUGA